AUGUACGGGCUCGGUCGCGUGUUCUUGCAUCUGGUUUUGUUGGCCAUUCAUACCAGCUUGCUCAAUUUGGCCGGGACUCGCCGAGAUUUAGGGAAACUCAUUCGAUGGACCAGGAUCUCUCUCUUACCUAUCACACUCUGCGUGGUAUUCUCAGAUUGGUUCAGUUUGAAGCAUCAAACCCAGCUCCCGCCAUUCGCCAGAUUCACCCUUGGUUCUAUGCUCGCUUCUCUCGCAAUAAAAUCCAUCUUGUUUACCUUUAGUCAACCCUCCUCAUUAACAUCAAUCAAAGCGAAAGAUGCGCCUACUGCUCCGGUGUCCACAUCUGGCCUCACUAGCGGUACUUCGCCCGUAUCUGAGUUAGUAUUUGACAUUUCAAGUGUUCGCAAGAAGUCUCAGCCUCGCUCAAGCUCCGAUCGAUCAAAGCAGCAGAUGUCCAGCUCCGAGAUUAAUCACAACAUCUACUCAGACGUGGUCUUUUUAUCGAGAACCUUCGGACGUCUGCUUGUUCACCAAAUUUGUGCUAUUAUCGCAUUGGUUUGUUGGAAAAGUGCGAAUGAUGAAACUCUGACCGGCCCACUGGAACCAAUGAUCAAGAAGUACAAGCCCGAGAUUACAGCAUUUUGUUGCGGAAACAUCAUAUGGACAAACUUAGAUCUUUUCGGGUGCCUUUUUAGAUUGGUCUUGUUUACAAUCAAAAUGGUCAACAGAUUAUUAUUAAAAUUCUUGCCGGCACUUUCGAAGCAUCAACCACUUUUAAAAAAAAUCGAUCAGAUUCAUUUGGAAGAAACUUGCCCGUUUUUAUUUUCAAAACCACCGCUGGAGGCUACAAGUGUUACAGAAUUUUGGGGUAAAUAUUGGCAUCAAAAGAUCAGAGACCUCGUUCUUGAAGCUGGCGCUGUUCCAUUUACAUCCUUUUUGAUAUGGUGUUUCGGGACUGGCAAGCUGCAUCCCAAAGCGCUGCAGCUUGCUGGAGUACUCGCAGCUUUUACAAUUUCAGGAUUAGUUCAUGAAUGUGGAGUAUGGACAGCUGGACCGAUCGACCCGAAAUUCACGACUACAAUAUUCUUUUUAAGUCAAGGAGCUGGAGUAUGCCUAGAGAACGUGUUCAAGGUAAUCUUUAGCCGUAAGGUGAACGGCUUUCUCGGCAAGAUGUGGACUCUUUCGUGGUUGAUUUAUUUCGGUACUCCGAUGAUGACAAUUUGGUUGAAGUCCUUAUCAUUCGACCAAAAUAGUUUAUUUCAAGGAGUAGAAGAACUUGGAGUUUCUAGAAUGAUUUGGAUGCCAUUGAUUGUAACCAGGCUACUGCGUCUUGCCUUCUAA